AUGCCUAUCUGCAUAGAAUGCCGUUAUCCCGUCAAGACCCUCUACACCGAAUAUUCGGGCGCAGAUGACCGCUCCACCGGCCAUGGAGUGCGCCUCACUGUCUGCAAGAAUUGUGGCCGGUUCUGCGAUAAAUACGUAGAGCAUGACUUUGUAGUUUUGUUUAUUGACUUGGUGCUCAUCAAGCCGCAAGUAUACCGACAUCUCCUACAUAAUACUUUAAUGAGAGAGCAUGACCAAUUCGAUCUUUCCAUAAUACGACUCGGCGUCCUCCUUCUCCUCUUUGACGUAUACCUCACUUGGGCGCGUAUCGAAAAGCAAACUUCCUCGAAUCCCGAAGCCAACGGCGCGAAUAACAACAACUUCAUCCUUUUUGCACAACAGCCGAUAGUAUCGCAGUAUAUUUUCUUCCGUAGGCCUAUUCAAACCCGGGCUUGGAUUUCUCUGACAAAUUUUAGUGGUUCUUUGCGCCCUUUCAACUUUAUCUUUCCACCUCUCUAUACGGUUCCUCACCUCCUCUCCGCUCUCUCCACUCGUCCUCUUUGGUCUCAACCCACGAUACUCCCGUCCGAACUCAGUCAGCACAGCACUGCUUGUCUCAUCCUGUACGAAACUCUUCCCGAUAUUAAUGCCGCAAGAUCGCUAGGCUGGGCGGUAGUGGCGAAUAAUGUCGAAGCCCUGAAGAUCCUCUUGGAUUGUGGGUAUGGUACUGCAGUUAUUUUAGCUACGGUAGGGGCGAUAUCUAGAUGGUUGGUAGGCAGAGGGAUUUUGUGGGUGGCUGGAUUAGAUGGGGUGGAUACGGUUGGAGAUUCGGGGGUUGCGGCUGAUGGAAAGGCGUUAUGGGCGGUGGUAGAAUUGGCAAGGGAAUGGGGCGGUAGGUUAGGUCUUGGAUAA